CGAACCACAACAUCCCAAAACCAAUGUCAGCAGCAACCAGCAACACCAACGAUGGAAGACCAACAAAACGCACCAGAUUCAGCACAUCCGAACAACCAGAAGACGGCUCGAGACCAAGAGCUGGACCUGUAGAGCAUGCUGAGCGGGAAUGGCCAGAGGCAGAAGUCUCCGGCUCAUCCCAAAACCCCCGAUCGUCGGAAGGAAACGUUUUACUGCAGGACCACGUCGAGUCGGAUCCCAGACCGGUAGAUCGUCAGGCGCCUCCUCUUUCGACGGUUAUCCAUCAUCCGCUCGCAAGUGUGGCGAGUCAAAGUCAACCAGAUCGCGAACAAAGCCUGACCCCAUUGACCGAGACACGCUCUGAAGACCGCCCGUUGACCGCUGAAGUAUCCGAGAAUGACCUAGAGAUCAGUCAGUACGACAUCUGGAGCGAUUGCGAGCAAGAAGAGCUCGACGCCUUAGAUGAAACUGAGCUACUCAACAGUAAAAUCCUCAACACCAGUCAGCUUGCCACACCCGCAACGAUACAGGAUCAAGCCAAACCGUCUCAAGCUGCUCCCGAUCUGUCGAAUGAACUCGUGCAAGGCAUCAGCCAGUCGGAGAGUAAUGCAUCACCGGACCACCAACCCAGCUCGGCCCAACAAUCUAUCAAUCCAAGCAGAUCGAACUCAAGCCCUCUUCAUCGCCAGUCGAAUCUUGACUCAUCUCAAAGUCCUGUCAGAAUCAAAAGAAGCGUAUCCUCACUUUUCACAACCGGUACCGGUGAACCCUUCCCGAUGGCGAUCGAACAGCCGAUCACUUCCCCACCGUUCGAAUCCACCAUUUUCCCACCUCGGCGACCAUCCGCACCUCCAAAUCCACCUUCUAUCACGUCUCAGGCUGAUGACCGUACGGCACAAAUUACUUGCGAAGUCCCCGAGUCAGGUCCUUCGAAAUCAAAACCUCGCCGGGCGUUGUCCUCACUCUUUCAGACUGGCGCUGGUCAGCCGUUCCCAAUGUAUGAUCCUACUCAUGAGGGAUCCUCUUCGUCGGCUCAGAAUCAAGAUUGUCCAGUUUUUGGGUUUCAAACGGCCCGAGGUAACACGGUUGCAGCCCCUUCCAAAGAGUCUAUGAGAAAGGCGCUAGAUAUUUGCAAUAAUGACAACCUAUCCCCUUUCCCUAAACCACACUACAAGGAGCCCGACUCCCCUAGUCCUUCGCAUCGAGCUAAAAUGCAGAAAGUCAACUCUCAAAGCGUCUCUCCAAGUAAAAUGUCAAAUAAUCAAACCGAUGAUAAUCAAUCUCAAGCCGAUAUGAUACCUGCACGUACUCCUCAGGCUAAAGAGUUUUCCCCAACGGGUAGCUCUGUAAUGUAUCCACCGAUCACCAAGUUUGACUCCUCCAAGCCGUCAGUAGGCCUAUUCAGUACGGGAGCUGGUGCACCCAUACAUAUUCCUAUCAGCGCAGUCGAACGUGCCAGAGCACAUUUAGAUAACCCUUCCCAAUCUUCAGAGCUGCAUCCACUUCCAACAAACGAAUCUAGUUCGCCUUUGAAAGAUGUAUCGAAUCUCCGGCCCGCUUCACAAAGCAAUCAUCGAAUGACCCAUGAUCUCUUGACGGGUUCAAUAAAUCGCCAAUCAAAUCACCACUCCAUCUCAGCCAAGCUACACGAGUCACUUAACGCAGUUGUUCCCAAGAUUCCUUCCCAGCCGACUACCGCCGCCUCCUUGAUGUCUACUCCAAUUCGAACACUAUCCAAUGGGAUUUCGCGACCUAACCUCCAAAAUUCACCGCAUGAACCUAUCUCGCUACCCUCUGUCCCUCAUACUACCACCGCCCCGGUCAGACGGAUCUCAAAUAGAAUGCACAUCGGCCUGACCCCGCAGUCAUCUUCCAGAAGAGUCUCUCAUGAGAGCAAAGGCCCAGAACCUCGAUCAUUUAUUACCCCGUUCAAGAAGAAGAUCGAGGUCCCCCAUGCGAAGCCUGGCCAGUUCAACUCUCUUUGCACUCCAGCUCGGGACUCUUCAAAUCUUUACCAAUGUGAAGAAACACCGUCAUUAGACCCCUCUCGCCGCUCAGUGAUGUACAUCGAUCCGCCCACCCCCUUCAGUAGACAGGGAUCUUCGGGCAAGCCUCAAAGUGUCUUCGACCUUUCGACCAGGUCAACACGAAGAAAAAUUCCGAUGGUAGAUUGGCUAGCAUCACCUAAGGGCUAUUCGGCGCGUCAUUUACUGUCUCUUGCAGUACCAGAAUCGGUAGUCUUUAUGACUGCCAAGUCGGCGGCGAUCUGGUCCUUCAAUGCGUUCACCGAACCUUUCGGGGCGAUACAUGCUCUUGGUGAACUGCUUCAAGCCGGUUGCUCGAUCAACAGAUGCUCGCCUAAAUGGGUGGCUAAUCAUUGGGCUUUGAUCAUUUGGAAGUUGGCCGCUAUGGUCAGAUGGCAACCCGAUUGUUUGUCACGUGUCUGGAACCCUUCGAAUGCCGUCCAGCAGCUUAAAUACCGGUAUGAGCGAGAGUUUGUGUGUGGUGAUCGUUCAGCUCUGAAGCGAAUUCUAGAUAAUGAUUGCCCAUCCAGCAUGCCGAUGUGUCUUGUGAUCGUAGGUAUCAUCCGACGGCCGGGUCCAUCCUCAGCCACCAAGGGCAUUCCCGUAACCACAGAAAUCCUCGAGCUCAGUGAUGGCUGGUAUAAGAUCAAAGCCCACCUGGACCCGGUCUUGGCGCGAGUGCUGAAGCGGGGGACUCUCAGGGUGGGGUUCAAGCUGGCGAUCAGCGGGGCAUCGACCGAGGCUCCGGCGGGCCCAUCUUCCAAGUCCUCAGGAGAGAAGAAGAGCACGAUCUUGAAGGAGACAGACGAUGGAAAGGAGGAAGAGGUACGAUUGUACCUUGAGGGCAACGCGACUUCACGAGCCCGUUGGCCCGAGACCCUCGGCUUCCGUCCUCGACCUUGGGUCGCUUCUCUCCGUAGCCUCUCCCCCGACGGCGGGAGAAUCCCACUGAUGGACAUCGUCAUCUCGAAAGUCUUCCCCCCAAUGUUCGUCGAUCAGGAAGGACGUAUGGGCCGCUGGGGAGUCGCCGAAGAGAAUAUGCUACAGGUCGCUUGGGAGAAAGAAAGGGAGAAAGAGGCGGCCAAGAUCGCCGGCGAACAGGAACAAGAGUUCGAGAAGAUCCAGCAAGUCGCGGAUUUAGUCGCCAGUAUCUAUGCCGCCAAAAGCGAUGGAAAGCGGCGUGUCUCGGGUGAUAAGAGGAAUGGGGAAGAAGCAGACUCUGAAGAGUUCGCAGCAUUCGAUGCCGAUGAGUUGUGCGAUGAUUUAAUUGAGGACGAUGCGUCUAUGGAAGUGAUGAAGCAACUAUCGGUCACCAACCUUGUCCAACUUCGACAAUCAGUGCAAAGACGCUGUGAUACCUUCCGGAGCAAAGCAGUCGACGAGCUCCAAAAAACUCUCAACUCAAGGGUCCCACUGAGAAGGACGCGACAAGUCCAGCAACUCACCUUCCGAGACUUCCAGACUUUCAAGACUUCUGCUCGAACCCCUUCCGGAUCCCCCUCGCGUCUGGUCGGCCAACUAUCUGUCCAAGACUUAUCCUUGCUUCCCGAUCGGUUCUUCAAAGAAGGCGCCCGAUAUUGGGUUCACAACAUUCAGCCUCAACGCAACGCUCGUUGGGAUCUCUCUGCUUCUUCUUCCUCUAAAAACUUCAAGAAUGAGCUCGUCGAGGUCCCCUUAUCCACUCGCCGUGAUACAACUUGGAGGAACAUUAGCUUAGACGCUUGACAAAAAUCAAAAAAUCAAUAUACAAAUCAUCAUUAGCCCCCUGCCCCCUCUCAAGACUUAUAUAUAACAACCACCCCAAGUGUUUUUUUCUUCGUACUCUGAUCGUCUGCUCAUAUCUUCUCUGAUCUUCUUUGUCUUACCCUCCAUCAACAUCAACUUUCUUCUUCUUCUUUAAAUACGUUAGUUAUAUCAUUGUGUUAUUUUAGAUAUAAAGUGUUUUGGUUGCUAAUUUUAUGUAUACUUACAAACAAACAAAAAAAAGAAUGGUUAUCAUGUUCAGACAUAUUCAUACUGAGAUGGAAACAAAUUGUGUAUGCAGACUUGUUAUCUGUUAAUCUUAAGCAAGCUUUGUUUUAUUUAACAUGAAAACUUUAAAGACUAGCAUUUUUGAAGGU